AUGGGUGUUCUCCUAAAGCGCGUAAACGAGGCUCUCGACAUCAAUCCGCCGCCUGCGGUCGAGCAGCGUCUCAGUCUAAACGGCUCAAACUGGCUCUGGGCCUGCGUGGCCAUCUACUCCUUCGUCUUCCUCGGCGUUUUCGCACUAUCCUUCAAGCCUAGAAGCGGUGAGAAGAUCUUUCACUAUCUCCUCAACAUCGCCCUGCUCGUCGGUGCAAUCACCUACUUCUCGAAUGCCUCCGACCUGGGAUGGUCACUCGUCUCGGAUCGCCAAAUCUUCUUCAACAAGUACAUCAACUGGGUCGUCUCUUUCCCCAUCGUCAACAUUCUCCUCGGCCUUGUAUCCAACUCUUCCUGGGCCACCAUUGCCUGGCACAUCUUCCUCUCCUGGGUCUGGGUCAUCAGCUACCUCGUUUCCGCCUAUACGCCCUCCGUCUACAAGUGGGGUUUCUUCGUCUUCGGCACCAUCGCCUAUCUCGCCAUGGCCGCCUCGACCUUCACCGAGGGCACCGUCGGCGCCAAGCGCGUCGGUACUACGGGCGACUACCUCAUUCUCGCCGGCUACUUCAACCUCCUGUGGCUGCUCUACCCCAUCGCCUUUGGUGUCUCUGAGGGCGGCAACAAGAUUGGCGUCACCCCUCACUUCAUCUUCUUCGGCAUCUUGGACGUUUUCAUGAUCCCCUUUGGCUCCGUGCUCUUCCUCAUGCUGUCCAGGAAGUGGGACUACAACGCCUUGAACCUCUACUUUACUCAGUACGGCCGCGUUCCUCAGGGAGGACACUUCCCUGAGAAGUCUGCCGCUGCUGCCCCGGCGGCACCUUCCGCUACGGCUGCUGUCUAA